CAAUAUGCUUCCCCUCUAGACAUGGGAGCAGGUCAAAUUGACCCUAACAAAGCACUUGAUCCAGGUUUGAUAUAUGAUGCCACCCCACAGGACUACGUCAAUCUCCUUUGUGCUUUGAAUUACACACAAAAACAGAUCUUAACCAUUACAAGAUCAGGUUCCUAUAAUUGUACUAAACCAUCGUUUGAUCUUAACUACCCUUCAUUCAUAGCUCUCUACAGCAACAAAACAAGGUCAGUCGUCCUCAAAUUUAAGAGGACAGUGACCAAUGUUGGAGAUGGUGCUGCCAUACACAGAGCCAAGGUGACAGAACCGAAGGGUUCUGUGCUGACAGUGUCACCUGAGACAUUAUCAUUCAGAUACAGAAAUGAGAAGCUAAGCUACCAUGUGCUGAUAAAGUAUAGCAAGUACAAGAAGGAAAAUAUCUCGUACGGUGAUCUUGUUUGGAUCGAAGAUGGUGGAACACACAGUGUUAGGAGCCCCAUUGUAGUGGCACCAAGUGGAAUUGUAUGAGCUGUAGUUUGAUAUUUCCUUGUUCUGGGCAUGAAAUCCUGCUUCUUCACGGGACCCAAAAUAAUGAACAGUGUGAUGAAUAAGUAAUUUCGUUUUAGCUCCAUUUCCAGUGUCCUAUCAGUCAUAGCUAUCUAGGUGGUUGGUGUACUUUUGUGAAGGGUGAAUCAAAUGGAUUUGUGAAA